AUGCGGAGGGUGCUGUUGAAUAUCGCCGAAGAAUGGUGGAACAACAGAAGUGGAGAUAAAUUCUGGUUAGAAAAGAAGGGAAAACACUUUAUUUUCGUAAUAAAAACGGUUCAAAAAAGCAGGAUAAAGAAAAAGGAAUCAAGGCUGGCUAGGAAAGACAUCACUUGUUACCGUAUCCCUCACUUGCUACCGUAUCCUUGUGUGAAGCUUCCAACAGAAAAGAAUAAAAAACGAUUGAAAUUUCUUUUUUUUCAGUCACGUUCUGAUGGUAGCACUUUGAAAAAAGUGGAAAGUUUAAAAGGAGAAUUCACUGAAAAAAGUAAAAGUUCAACGAAUGUAGAAAAGGCAUAA